AGGAGCGCGCAUCACACGUUUCCUGACAACCCGUGAUUAUCACGAACAACGUUACUACGCGAUGCGAGUAACACGUUAUUAGCGCAAUAUGGUGCUUAUAGAUAUAGGGGGCCGUUCGGAAAAUGUCGUUUGGAUUUUAAGGAAGAAGCACCCCGUGAGAGACAAAACCGAGUCGGGGAGAGAUGCAGUCGGCGGUGAAACGCUAUUACAAUAUUAACAAGAUCCUCAUGUCGAAAAUCGGCGUUUGGCCGACACAAAGUAAAUUCAUGAAGAUAUUGUUGCCGACCAUAGUAAUGUCUUUUCUUUUCUGCAUCGGUUUUCUCGAGUUUAUAAGACUGUCUGAAACAUGGAGAACCAUAACCGAGGACUGCGAAUGCUGCAUCAUGGUGAUAAUUACAUUCGGCGGCUACGUUAAACUCUUUGUCAUUUGUCUCAAAAACAAGAAUAUAGAACAGCUGUUGUCGCUUAUCGACUAUCACUGGCGCGUUUUCACGCAUUCGUUGGAGGUGCAAAUCAUGCAGGAGUACGUUAUCGUAGGACGGAAAAUGGCGAUAAGUUAUACCGCAAUAAUACGAGUUGCAGUUAUGAUUUAUUUGUUGUCGAGCCUUUACAUGCUGAUCCCGGUAACGCCGCAAUUAUUGGAUCUCAUUACGCCUCUCAAUAAAUCGCGCCCCUACAAAUAUCUCUUCGACGUCGACUACAGCUUCGACAGGGAGGUAUAUUACUAUCCCGUAUUACUCCACUCCUACUUGACGAUCGUGGUGGCUAUGGGCCUUAUGAUAAUAACCGAUACGAGCUACCUGUCGCUCGCGCAACACGCGUGCAGUCUGUUCGCCGCUAUCGGGUAUCGACUAGAAAAUCUGACCUAUGAGAUAAAUUCGAAAAAAAAUACCGUUAAGGAUGCAGAGGUAAUUAGUAAGAAGUGCAAAUCGCGAGAUUACGAUGACGAGAUCUAUCGCGAAAUGGUGCUUCUCUUGCAGAAACAUCAGCUGAGUAUUGAAUACGUCCGUUCGUUGGAUUCUUUAUUCGAGAUGUAUUCGUUUAUGUUGCUCUUCAUUACUAUCAUCGUGAUAAGUCUCCUCGGAAUUCAAAUAAUUGGCUUACUAGAUCGCAAAGAAGAGAUGGUCAGAUUCGUAGCGAUGGUAAUAGGCGCUUUCGUACAUCUUUUCGUUUUGAGUUAUCCCGGCCAGAGGAUAAUGGACCACAGCGCAGAUAUAUUCCAUAAAGCAUACAACAUGCUAUGGUACAGAACGUCGCGAAGAACGACACAGUUGUUGAGCAUAUUACUUUACAGGGGUUUUGUACCUUGUACAUUAACGGCUGGCAAAAUAUACGUGCUAUCGAUGGCGAAUUAUGCAUCGAUGGUGCAGGCAGCCAUAUCUUACUUCACCGCCCUUUCGUCGUUCAGGUAACUUGCGGUGAAAAGAAAAAAAAAGGGAGAUUAUGUUGGAUAAUUAAACGAUAAAAUUAGCGAUUUUUUGUGAUUUUUCGUCGUUAAUAUAUACAAUUGUAAUUUUAAUUCUAAUUUUAAUUCUUAUCGCGUAAGAAUGAUAAAUGAAAUCAGUAAAAAUUGGCAAGUUAUAGAUGGAGAUUUUGAAACGUGUUGUAAAGUUAUUUUUCUGUUUGUACGUUAACAUAAAAAUUUAAAUAUAGUUGUUAUUAUUAUAACGUUAUAAUCGUUACCAUUUUUAAAAAUAAAAAUCCAAUCUGUCAAAUCAACACAAUUUCAUCGUCAAGAAGUUAUUUGUACGUGUUCAUAAUUUGUAAGAGCGCGUGUAUUUUCUGCAACUUUUAUAGCUCAAAUUGUCGGACGGUUAACGCAAGUAUUAAAAAACUUUAAUCUUUUCAUCCUUUAAUAUCCAAGCUUUUAAGUAAUGUAUAAAAAUUUAAUACUACACGGAUCAAGGUACAGAAAAUCGUAAUUUGGAGACUAAACGAGAGAUAUUAGAGUCUAUUAAAUUAACAAUGGUUAACGAAUAAAAAUCGAUGUUGAAGGAUUCUGAUUUAAAUCUCGUAGUCUGAAAACGUGUAAGAAACCAUUUAAAGCAAUUCACGACGUCGUGAAAGAAAUUGAGAUCCCGUCAGAGAGCACCAUUAUGCAAAAAUCAAUUACGAAAAAAUCCAAUCAACGUGCACUAAAUACACGAAUGCAUUAUUACGUAAAAAAUCAACGGCAACAGUAAGAUAACUGCACAUAAUUAUAUAACAAAUAAUUAUCGCUGUGUAAAAACAGUUAAUGUCACAAGUAAAAACAGCGAGGUAAAAAAGAACAUCCAAGGCUCGCUGUUACUGACGCCAAUCGAGCGCAUAAAAACGACCUGUUAAUACAGUAAAAUCCAA